UCCCCCGGGCCACCCAAGUUCCAGCAGCUCCAUUUCCUUCCUCAGCCGAGAGCGAGAGAGAGACUGUGGAGAGAGAGAGAGAGAGCAACUCUGCUUGUGUGUGCGUGUUGUGCGUGCGUUUCAAGUCGCUUUUAAGUAAAUUUGAUUGUGGAAGCUGGGACGGAAUAUCAUUAUACCGACGGGUGUACAAAUUUAAAGAUAUUUAUUGAGGUAUACGUAUUUAUAUAUACACGGAAAUAUAUGUAUAUGUAAAAGACUCGAGGAAGGGAAAAAAAAAAAAAGAGGGAGAGAGUGACUAAUUAAAAACAGAUGGGAGAUUACCUGAGGAAAUGUGAGAGAUCAAUUGGAGAGAUGGCAGCAGCAGCGGCUACGGAAAUCGGAGGAGAAAUUAUCAAAAUGAGAGCCGUGGAGGAGGAGGAGGAGGAGGUUACCAGCUCCAGUAAGAGACGUAAAGUUGACGAUUGUGAUGAGGCGCCUGAGCCGCAGCUAAAUUUGCCAGCCUAUACAGUUUCGGCUUCUGCUGCAAAUUCAACGACGACGUCCUCGGCGGCCAACGUCCAUGAGGAGAAAAUGAGAUCCACGGAUCUGAAGAUGAAGCUAAACUUCAAAUUCAAACUCGGAAAGCAUUUACUAAUACUACUACUUCUCUACCACCAGGAUUCCGAAACUGAAAUUUCCACGCUCAUAAUCCGCCAAUUCAGAGAGACGAGUCCGUCAAGUGAGAUUUGCGGAGGAGACUCGGGGAUAGAGUUGAUGGAGUCUAUAUCGUCAACGACAACAAAGAAGGAGGAGUCUUCUCGGAGAAAUCGUCAGGAGUUGAAAACCAAAACUUGCAUGCCUUCAGCAGCGGAGAUCGAAGAGUUCUUCGCCGUGGCUGAAAAGCGACAGCAGAAACAAUUCGCGGAAAAGUACAACUAUGAUAUAGUGAAGGACGUGCCAUUGGAGGGCCGGUACGAGUGGGUACGUUUGAAGCCUUAAAUUGAUCAUCAGCUUGCAUGAUCCAGCUGAAAUGGUCGAAAACGAGAGGACGCUGGGUUACUACUUACUGGGAGUAAUAUAUCAUAUAUGUUAACAUCACACGAGGACGCACAGGGCCAUUGUCUGUCUUCUUUCUUCUUCCCUUUUGUUCUUUGGUUGGUAUUAUUAUUGGGACUUUUAUAACUGGUCUUUUAAUUAAUCAGCUAAUUAGUAGAUUAAUCAAUUGGCUAUUGUAUUGUAGGCCGGAUUUGGGGUUCAUAGAGUGGUGACAUAUAUGUGUACAGUAGGUUUCUAUCUUUAUGUAAAGAAGCUGGACUCCUUGAUCUUUCCUUUGCCUAUUGGAAUUGUACUGGUCCUCCUCUCUCAGACUGCUACCACUGAAACUAUUACUGCCGCUUUUGAAGAAGCUUCUUUUCCAA